UGGCAAACGCAAUUCCAGUGACAGAAGCCUUUAACACUCCGCUCUCUGCGCUCCCCCACCUUCAUCUUCUCCUUCUACUCCAGACUCCAACUUCCAUCGGAAAAUUGCAGCCGUUGGAUUUCACAGCCGAGCUUUUAAGCUCAAACCGACAACCACAAACGGUUCCCAGAUCUUAAAGCCCUCUUUGGACCUUUGCCUUUGGCUCCUUCACCGCUUUUACUCUCGCUUCUCUGUUUUACUUUGUACCCCCUCGGAAAGACUUGGAAUUACGGAAAUGCCUGCUCUCUGGUUCGUUGUUUCGGUUUUCCUCUGCGUCAGCUGUGUCUCUACGGCGGCGGAGCCGGUGACGUGCUCCGGGAUGGUGCCGAUGAAGUACCGUUACGACAGGAUUUCGAUAGCGGAUUUCGGGGGGGUCGGCGACGGCGUCACGGUGAACACUAAGGCGUUCCGGGCGGCGAUAUAUCGGAUUCAGCAUUUGCACAGGAGAGGCGGCACGCUUCUUUACAUACCUCCUGGGGUGUACUUAACGGAGAGCUUCAACCUCACUAGCCACAUGACUCUCUACUUGGCUAAAGGUGCUGUUAUCAGAGCCACAAAGGACACUAAGAAUUGGCCUUUAAUUGCUCCUUUGCCGUCUUACGGAAGGGGGAGAGAGCGCCCUGGAGGGAGAUAUGUGAGCUUCAUCCAUGGCGAUGGAAUUCAUGAUGUGGUUAUCACUGGUGAAAAUGGGACAAUUGAUGGCCAAGGAGAAGUGUGGUGGAACAUGUGGAGGCAAAGAACUCUUCAAUUCACCAGACCAAACCUAAUUGAGUUCAUCAACUCUAAAAACAUUAUUAUUUCUAAUGUGGUUUUCCAGAACUCUCCAUUUUGGAAUAUUCACCCUGUUUAUUCCAGCAACAUUGUUGUUCGGUAUGUGACAAUAUUGGCUCCAGCUGACUCUCCCAACACCGAUGGCAUUGAUCCAGAUUCAAGCUCUAAUGUCUGCAUAGAGGACUCAUACAUAUCUACCGGAGAUGAUCUUGUGGCUGUAAAGAGUGGAUGGGAUCAGUAUGGGAUUGCCUACGGUCGUCCUAGUUCUGACAUUACCAUCCGUCGGAUCAGAGGAUCAUCCCCAUUUGCUGGAAUUGCAGUAGGAAGUGAAACCUCUGGCGGGGUGGAGAAUGUAUUUGUCGAACACAUAAACCUAUACAACGUGGGAGUUGGCAUCCAUAUAAAAACCAACAUCGGCAGGGGAGGCUUCAUAAGAAACAUAACGGUUUCAAAUGUGUAUAUGGAAAAGGCACGGAAGGGUAUAAAGAUAGCAGGAGACGUUGGUGACCACCCUGAUAACAACUUCAACCCAAAUGCUCUCCCAGUGGUAAAGGGCAUCACAUUAACAGACAUCUGGGGUACACAAGUCCUGCAGGCAGGCCUUAUACAAGGCCUCAAGAACUCCCCUUUCACCGGAAUCUGUCUCUCUAACAUCAACCUCCACGGCAUGCCCGGAACAAGAAUGCCUUCGUGGAAAUGCUCGGACGUCAGCGGCGGCGCUCAUCUGGUGAGCCCCAUCCAAUGCGCCGAGCUGACCAGUGCCCAACACGCAACAUCAUGCUCCAACUACUAAACCAAGGAAGCGAAAUCUGUGUUACUUCUCCUCAAAACUUUGGAGAAUAUGAGUUUUUAUCUUUCGUUCUGUGACGCAAAAUGUAAUGUUCUUGUGCCAUGUAAUAUAUAGGUCAUGGAUU